AUUAGCAUGACAGGACAAAUGAGAGAUUAGUCGUUGUUUUCUUGCUUUUUCACUCAAUUUGUCGAACUUUAAAAUGUCAAGACAAGUUCCUUGGAGACGGAACUGCCCUGAUGUAGUUACAAGACGGAUCGAAGAAGCAAAUCAAGCGAGAAUUUAUCUACUUCGAGAAACUGGACCGACAGGAUUUUUGCUGAAAGAAGAUGGCGUCGAGAAGAAGUUUAAAGUAUUUCUUGGGGACCUUCAUUCCUGCACUUGUGGUGCGUUCAUGAGAGAAAAAGAACUCUGCAUUCACAUAUUAUGGGUUUUACUCAAGAAAUUUCGAGUACCAAAAGAAAAUUCAGUUGUUUAUCAGUUGUCUUUGGUUGAAAGAGAGAUCAAUGAGGUUAUUAGAGGUGCAUUUGUUAGACACCAACAACAAAGCACUCAAAACCAGACUAUUUCCUCAGAUAAUAGAGAGAAACUCAAGCAGAAGGAUAUUGAAGAGGAAGACGUUUGCCCUAUUUGUCAAGAUGACCUCUUAACUAAAUCAGGGGAGCCUUUAACUUAUUGUAAAUACGGAUGUGGAAAUAGCAUCCAUUUGAAGUGUAUGAAAGUUUGGGCGGAGCACCAGAGGUCUACGGGGGRAAAAAUCAUGAAGUGUCCUCUAUGUAGAGUUGACUUUGGUACAUUUCAAGAUCUGGUAGAUGAGUUCAAUAAAUCUUCAAAAAAGAAAACUAGAGCRGAAAGACAGGAUCUUCACCUUGGGGCAAUGUGUCAUAAGUGUAGGGUUUGCCCAAUCGCUGGCAARUGUUAUCGCUGUGUUAUAUGCAUGGACUAUCAUUUAUGUCAUCAGUGCUUUGCCACAGAUCACCAUAUGCARCAUUCCUUCCAAUUCAGGCAGAACUCAAGCCAACGCUGGAGGCCRGCAUCAAGAAUAGCACCAUUACCAAGUGCUGUUAUUGAUCAUUUACAAAAUAGAGACAUCACAGAAGAGGAUUAUGAGAUGUURCUUCAGUUAGACCGGCCUCUUGACGAACAUGAGGGUGUGGCUGGUCAUGUGUUAAGUAGCAUGCCAAUCGAAAUCGUAAGAGAACACCAUCCAUUGCUCUCACAGAGUAAAAACUGUGGUAUUUGCCUCCAUAGCUAUCAACCUUUCCAAUGYGUUCGUAAACUGCGCUGCCAGCAUGUUUUUCAUAGAGAUUGCAUUGACAACUGGCUGUCAAAUCAUUCUACAUGUCCUGUUGAUGGUGCAUCUAUUGCCAGCAUAAUAGCCAAUGAGUGGUCUUCGUCCAAUGUUACUCCACCUCUGAUUGGUCGUGAUAAAAGCAAUAAAGUGCUUACACAAAGACAAAGGCUUCUAGUUCAACGGAGRGAGGGACCACAAAAAAAUCAAGAAUUUGAUAAAAACAGCCUUCCUAGCACAUUCUCUCUUAGUGGUUUGGCAAUUUUAUCUGAUUCAAGAAGAGAUAAUAGUGGUAUUUCAAGAGGGGAACAUGUGUCUGCAAAUAAAAUGGAAAGUACUCCUACCAACAACAAUUUAAACCAUAAUAGCCAACCAAAUCAUGAGCAUAUUUUGUUUAACCUUCAAUCUCAGCACAAGCCACCCAUUUCACCAUCCAGAGUAGAGCGUGGCAGUCGUAGUGUUGUCCAUAGCAGUGACACAAAGAAASGACAUAAAAUCACUCCCAAAAAAGCUGAAAGAAGAAGUUCUUUGCCUCUGAAUCAAAGAAGUUCUUCACUUGAAAGUUUAACAUUGAACAUYAGUGGGCUGGUAGUCUCUGAGCGGACUGUUAGACAAGGUGCUUCCAGGAAGGGCCAGUUAAUGAGAGGCAAACUUUCUCAAAAUGCUUCUCACUCUGACCCUGAAAUCUUCUCUCACAAUGAGCCAUUGGUUGCGUCAGGAUUAGCAAUUCAUUUGCCAACACCACAAGACUAUUGAGUACUGUAAAUAUACAAGAUGAACACAAUGGAUUUGGAAGAGAUURAAUUUAAAGCUAAAUUACUUCUGCCCUACUAAUGAAAAAUCUAUUAGUACCAGAGGUUAUUAUAAGCAUAGUGUAGGCUCAAUACACCACUAGAGUGAAAGAAAUAUAAAGGAUGUGAAUGGUUUUAUCAAAUAAUAUCUAAAUAAAAAGUGUGCAAAUUUCAAUAUUGAAUAGCUUUUAUUAUAUUAUAUAGAACAAAARAAGAUAUAGUCUCCUUCAUAGUUUUAUUAUGAGUGUUGAGCCCCCCUCCCAGGAUUUCCUUGUCCAGAUCCUGAAGCCAGCACUGAAAAUAGAUGUGAUGGAGACAAAAUGAUGAUAAUAACAGCUAAAAUAUCAAUUCAAUGUCAUUACAUUUUCCUAUAUUUUCUCUAUAAAUAAAUAUUGUAGUGAGUAUUUUACUAUAGAGGGGAUUUCGUAUGAGUGGGAAACGGACGGUAUUGUACUGUGUCYGUAAUCGUACUGUAACCAAAUUCUAGUGCCCCAUUGKUUCAC